UGUAGUUCGAAAAUUAUUGUGUUUUUAGUGAUAAUUAUAGUGGUACAAGUAUUUGGAUUACAAAGUGGUAGUUUAUCGUCAGAUAUUCGAAUCACCGAUGAAGAUGUGUUACCUCAUCAUGGUCGUUGCGAACCCAUUUCAGUACCAUUUUGUAUGGAUAUCCAAUAUAAUGAAACCAUAAUGCCCAAUAUUUUAAAACAUACAAAACAAGAGGCUGCUGGUUUAGAAGUUCAUCAAUUUUUCCCGCUUGUUAAAGUGAAAUGUUCACCGGAUUUACAAUUAUUUUUGUGUUCAGUGUAUACACCAGUUUGUACAAUUCUCGAAAAUCCAAUACCUCCAUGUCGAAGCCUUUGUAUAAGUGCCAGAAAUGGCUGUGAAUCAUUGAUGGUUAAAUUUGGUUUUCCAUGGCCAUCGCACUUAGAAUGUUCCCUGUUUCCAGAGCCACCACAAAUGUGUGUUGGUGAAAAUAUUACAUCUUCCACAACAAUUUCUCCAAUGCAAGAACCUCCGUCCUUGGGUGUAUUCACCUCAGUUAGUUUCCAACCAUCUGUUAAAAAUUUUAAGUUUGAAGGACAAUUCCCAAAUAUACCCGGUGCUAGAGAUUAUGGAUUUGUGUGUCCUGUUCAAUUUAAGGUUCCUAAAGGCUUAGAUUAUUCGUUAAAAGUUGGUAAUAAAGUUGAGCCCGAUUGUGGUGCUCCGUGUCACUCAAUGUUUUUCAGUGAAACUCAAAGGAAAUAUGCUAAAAUUUGGGUUGGAAUCUGGGCGAUUAUUUGUACCAUCAGUUGUUUAUUUACGGUAUUGACAUUUUUAAUUGAUAAAGAACGAUUUCGUUAUCCUGAACGUCCAAUAAUAUUCUUAUCGAUAUGUUAUUUAAUGAUAUCGAUUGCAUAUGUUAUUGGAUUUUUAGCCGGCGAUUCAAUAGCAUGCCGUGAACCAUUCCCGCCUCCCGUUAAACUUGAACGCAUACAAAUGGUUAAAACAAUCACGCAAGGUACUAAAAAUGAAGCAUGCACAAUUAUUUUUAUGCUGUUAUAUUUCUUUAGUAUGGCCUCAAGUAUUUGGUGGGUUAUAUUAACUUUGACAUGGUUUUUGGCGGCUGGCCUAAAAUGGGGACAUGAAGCUAUUGAAGCAAAUUCACAAUACUUCCAUUUAGCGGCAUGGGCUGUACCUGCAAUUAAAACUGUUACAAUCUUAGCAAUGGGAAAAGUUGAAGGCGAUAUACUAAGCGGUGUCUGCUAUGUUGGAUUAUGGAAUGUGGAUGCAUUACGUGGAUUUGUUCUAGCACCAUUAUUUAUCUACCUCGUAUUGGGUACAAUAUUUUUACUUGCUGGUUUCGUAUCAUUAUUCCGUAUACGUACCGUAAUGAAACAUGAUGGCUCCAAAACGGAUAAAUUAGAGAAAUUAAUGAUACGUAUUGGUAUAUUCAGUGUACUUUACACAGUACCAGCCUUAAUUGUAUUAGGCUGUUUAUUCUACGAACAAGUGAAUUUUGAAUCAUGGAUGACUACAUGGCACAUGGAGAUGUGUAACAAAACAUAUUCAAUACCAUGUCCAAUAAAUGCACGUAAUACUGGACAAAAACCAGAAUUUGAGAUAUUUAUGAUAAAAUAUUUAAUGUGUAUGAUUGUUGGAAUUACAUCAAGUGUAUGGAUAUGGUCUGGUAAAACGUUAAACAGUUGGAAACGUUUUAGUGAUCGAAUACAAGGCAGACAAGUACAAGCAUACGUUUGAUAUUCAUGUGCUACGUAAAAAAAUUAAA